GAAGUUUGAACAGCAACUUGAUCCAACUUGAUCCAACUUGAUCCAACUUGGUCCAACCACUUCCUUAUCCCGAUAAUUAUCCUCCUGUCCAAGAUCUUGGGUUUGGGUGUGAACCUUCAGGAUCGCUCAUCUACACGAUACAUUGCUAUCGUUCUUUACUACUUCACAAAUCCGGACAUUUCUGCGUAGCAUUGAGGAACCAUCUCCCCUCCGUACCGCACCCCGACCAGUCAUUGCCUUUGCGCAGGAACGCUCUUACCUCUAUCAGCCCCCUCGAAACCAUCUCGCACCAUGGCCAGCGAUUCCGAAGUCAAGGCCCCGGCUACUGUCGAACCCCAAGCACCAAAUACCGGUGUUGCGCCAGGAACGGCUGCGAAACCCGCAGUCGCCAAUGCCACGGAGAAACCGUCCGAGUCAACCAGCGCUGUGUCAAAGCCCGAAACUGCCACCGACGACAAUGCUGUGAAAGACAAAGUAGUCCAAUCCUCUGAUGCACCCAAGGAUGCGGACGCAAAGUCGCGCGACACAUCCUCUGGACAGCGUAAUUCUGGAAAGCCGUACCAAUCCAAUGGCAAAGGCUUCCAUCGCAACCCGAAGAAGUUCAAGGACAACGUGAAGGCUCGCUAUGAUCAUUUGCCCGAGACGGACGAUCCCGAUGAGAUCAGGAAGCAGGUCGAAUUCUACUUCUCCGACUCGAAUCUUCCCAUGGACAACUUCCUCUUCGGCCAGGUCGGUGGCAGUGAGAACAAACCCGUUGCGAUCAAGGUGGUACACUCGUUCAAGCGCAUGCGCCGCUUCCAACCCUUCUCCGCCGUUGUCGCCGCCCUGAAAGAUAGUGAGAUUCUCGAAGUGACGGAGAACGAGGAGAUCCGCCGAAAAGUCCCCCUCAGCACCAACGCGUCCGAGGUCUCCCGUGAUUUGAUCAAGACUUUCGACGACAAAUCGGCGCCGCGCAGUGUAUAUGCGAAAGGGUUUGGGGAGGAGACUGAAAAAACUCAACUCGAGAUCGAACGAUUCUUUGAGCCGUAUGGCCCCGUCAGGAGCGUACGACUUCGCCGCACCUACCCCACGAGACAGUUCAAAGGCAGCGUCUUCGUCGAGUUCAAUAAUGAGGAAACCCAGAAAGCUUUCCUUGCACUUGAUCCGAAGCCCAAGUGGAAUGACACCGAUCUUCUCAUCAUGGGAAAGAAGGAGUACACGGACAUGAAGGCUGCGGACAUCAAAUCCGGGAAGAUCAAGCCGAGCUAUCGUCCUCACGGCAAAAACCAAUCCCGAAAAGGCGAUGAUCGGGAUUGGAAGUCGCGCCGCAACGAUUUCCAAAAGAAUGGCAUGCGAGAUGGUGCACGGGGUGAAAAGCGCAAACGAGAUGGAGACGAGGACGAGGAACGCAAAGAGAAGAAGCCCGCUCUUGAAUCGAAUGGAUCGGGGGCUGCAGCCUCAGAACCUAGCGGAGAGACGACUGAGAAGGCGAACGCUUCCAGCCAACCUGCCGCGAAGGACGAAUGAGGUCACAAUGCAGCUGAAGAAGCCGAUCGCGCAAUUUGGGGACAACGAACUUGCACCUCCGCUGACAUCGCUGGAGAGGAAGGCGACUCCGUGAAAUCGACUAGCAUGGUGGAAAAUUCGAGAGUCGAGGACUGGGUUGAAGGUUGAAUGGACACAGUUUGCCAACGAACUGUGACGGAUUUCGUUGCUAAAUGAUUGGCGUCCAUGACACGUUUGAGGAGUGGUCCGUCGAAUUCGCCUGAACUCAUCGUACAUACCGGAGGCACAUUCCGGAGGCACAUACCGGAAGCACGUAUGAUCAGGAGCACGAAUAGAAUGUAUGCGACGCAAGUCGGAAACUUACGAUAGUGACUGCAGUGAAUUGACAUGUUGACAUCUCCACGUUGGUCUACCACCACGUAAGUACAUGGAGCU